UUUAGCAGUGGUUAAUGGUUAUUAAUAUUUAUUGUUAACAGAUUUAGUGUUAGUCAGACAUUAAAACCUUUGUUAAACAGCACAGAUGAUGCGUUGCCAAAAAAGGUCAAUGAAUUGAAAAGGGGAGCGACAGAAGAGAGCGAGCAGGAUGGGAGGGGAGGUACGGGAGGAGGGAGGGGAGGCGCAGAGACCCUGGCGGACAGCAGAGGGAGGUUGGACCGGGAACAAUAGAGAGGAACGAAGCCAGCCUUGAAACAGCAAACAAACCGAGAGGGCGACGGAGAGAAAGGAGCCCAGAGGGGCUGAUGGAGGGAGAGGUGCACACGGAGGACAUGUGAAGAGCACAGACGUCGGGGCUUCGCUUUCUCUCUUUAUUAUCGGUGGAUUUGGAUUAAACCGGAUUCCGGCAAUGAACCCCGCAGAAGCGGCCGAGGAGGCGCCCAGCGACCCCGACACCGAUGCCUUCUACAAAACAGGCUCCCUCAGGACUGAAGGCAUAAAGGCGUCUGAUGUUUUGCCUGUGCUGAAGGAGAAAGUCGCCUUCGUGUCGGGUGGGCGAGAUAAAAGAGGAGGACCAAUUCUGACAUUUCCAGCCAGGAGCAACCAUGACCGAAUAAAGCAGGAGGACCUGAGGCGGCUGGUCACCUACCUGUCUACUGUCCCCAGUGAGGAUGUCUGCAAACGGGGAUUCACUGUCAUCAUCGACAUGCGAGGAUCAAAGUGGGAGCUAAUCAAGCCUCUGCUGAAGACGCUGCAGGAGUAUUUCCCAGCCGAGAUCUGCGUGGCUCUCAUCAUCAAACCAGACAACUUCUGGCAGAAACAGAAGACCAACUUUGGGAGUGCAAAGUUCUCCUUUGAGCAGACCAGUAUGGUUUCAGUAGAAGGCCUGGCCAAACUGGUGGAUCCCUCACAGCUAACCGAAGACUUCGAAGGCUCUCUGGACUACAACCACGAGGAAUGGAUCGAGCUGAGGGUGUCUCUGGAGGAGUUCAUGUCCAAUGCUGUUCACCUGCUGUCUAGACUGGAGGAUCUUCAGGAACUUCUGUCCAUAAAAGACUUUCCUGCAGAUGUAGAAGGAUCCCGGCGGUUAAUAGAGGAGCACACACAGCUGAAGAAAAAGGUGCUAAAGGCUCCAGUGGAGGAGUUGGACCGGGAAGGCCAAAGGUUGCUUCAGUGCAUUCGAUCCAGUGAUGGAUUUUCUGGAAGGAACUGCAUCUCAGGUUCUGCUGACUUUCAGAGUCUGGUACCCAAGGUGGCCAAUCUGCUCGAUAAGCUCCACUCCACAAGGCAGCACCUCCAUCAGAUGUGGCAUGUCAGGAAGCUGAAACUGGACCAGUGCUUCCAGCUGCGCCUCUUCGAGCAGGAUGCUGAGAAAAUGUUCGACUGGAUCAGCCACAACAAGGAGGUGUUUCUGCAGAGCCACACAGAGAUCGGUCGCAGUUACCAGUACGCUGUGGAGCUGCAGACGCAGCACAACCACUUUGCCAUGAACUCCAUGAAUGCCUACGUAAACAUCAACAGAAUCAUGUCAGUGGCGAGCCGGCUGGCUGAGGCCGGCCACUACGCCUCCACGCAGAUCAAGCAGAUCUCCAGUCAGCUGGAUCAGGACUGGAAAAGUUUUGCUGCUGCGCUUGACGAACGCUCCACCAUCCUCGCCAUGUCCUCCGUCUUUCAUCAGAAGGCUGAGCAGUUCCUGUCCGAGGUGGAGACCUGGUGUAAAGUGUGCAGUGAGGGUGGGUUGCCCUCGGAGAUGCAGGAGCUGGAGAUCGCCAUCCAUCGGCACCAGAGCCUGUAUGAGCAGGUGACCCAGGCUUACACCGAGGUGAGUCAGGAUGGGAAAGCUCUGCUGGACGUGCUGCAGAGACCUCUGAGUCCAGGCAACUCCGACUCCCUCACAGCGACGGCUAAUUACUCCAAAGCGGUCCACUGCAUCCUGGACGUGGUGCAUGAGGUCCUUCACCAUCAGCGGCGUCUGGAGAACAUUUGGCAACAUCGAAAGGUCCGACUGCACCAGCGGCUGCAGCUGUGCGUGUUCCAGCAAGAUGUGCAGCAGGUUUUGGACUGGAUAGAAAACCACGGGGAAGCUUUCCUCAGCAAACACACGGGGGUUGGGAAAUCCCUCCAUCGAGCCCGAGCCCUGCAGAAAAGACACGAUGACUUUGAAGACGUAGCCCAGAACACGUACACCAAUGCAGACAAGCUGCUGGAGGCGGCCGAGCAGCUGGCACAGACGGGAGAAUGCGACCCAGAGGAAAUCUACAAGGCCGCCCGACACCUGGAGGUGCGGAUCCAGGACUUUGUUCGGCGGGUGGAGCACAGGAAGCUGCUGCUCGACAUGUCUGUCUCCUUCCACACACACACCAAGGAGCUGUGGUCGUGGAUGGAGGAGCUGCAGAAGCAGCUGCUGGAAGACGUGAGCUGCGACUCGGUGGACUCGGUUCAGGCUCUGAUUCAGCAGUUUCAGCAGCAGCAGACGGCCACGCUGGAGGCCACGCUCAACGUGAUCAAAGAGGGAGAGGAACUGAUGCAGCAGCUCAGAGAUGCGGCCAUGUCGACCAGCAAGACGCCACACUGCAGUUCCAUCGCGCACAUCCAGGGGGUGCUGCAGCAGCUGGACGAGGCCCAGGGCCAGAUGGAGGAGCUGUUCCACGAGCGCAAAAUCAAGCUGGACAUUUUUCUGCAGCUGCGCAUCUUUGAGCAGUACACGCUAGAGGUGACAGCAGAGUUGGACGCCUGGAACGAGGAUCUGUCCCGUCAGCUGAGCGACACCAACCGUUCGGGUGGCAGCAGCAGCAGCAGCAGCGGCAGCAGCAGCUCCUCCUCAGGCGGUGCAGAGGACAUAAGCCUGGCAGAGCAGCGGCUGAAACGGCACGCAGAGAGGAAGACUGCCAUGAACAACAUGACCUACGAGGUGAUGCAGCAGGGUCAGGACCUCCACCAGUACAUCAUGGAGGUCCAAGCGUCAGGGAUUGAGUUGACAGGAGAGAAGGACAUGGACCUGGCCUCUCAGGUCCAGGAGCUGCUGGAGUUCCUCCACGAGAAGCAGCAGGAAGUCGACAUCAGCACACAGCAUACACACACGCGGCUGGAGCACACCCUGCAGCUACGCCACCUACAGGCUGAGGUUAAACAGGUACUGGGUUGGAUCCGUAACGGUGAGUCCAUGUUGAAUGCCAGCAUGGUGAACGCCAGCUCUCUGUCUGAAGCCGAACAGCUGCAGAGGGAGCAUGAACAGUUCCAGAUGGCUAUAGAGUCUCUCUUUCACGCCACUUCCCUCCAAAAGACUCAUCAGAGUGCGCUGCAGGUGCAGCAGAAGGCUGAGAUGAUGCUGCAGGCGGGUCACUAUGAUCCCGAGGCGAUCCGAAGCUGUGCCGAGAAGGUGGCUGUCCACUGGCAGCAGCUGAUGCUGAAGAUGGAGGACCGCCUGAAGCUGGUCAACGCCUCCGUGGCCUUCUACAAAACAGCAGAGCAGGUGUGCAGUGUGCUGGAGAGCCUCGAGCAGGAGUACCGGCGGGACGAAGACUGGUGUGGCAGCCAUGAAAAACUUGGGAGUUCAGUAGAGAGUGAGCACCUGCUACCCCUGAUCAGCAAACACCUGGAGCAGAAGGAAGCCUUCCUGAAGGCGUGCACGCUGGCUCGGAGGAAUGCUGAGGUCUUCCUCAAAUACAUCCACAGAAACAAUGUGAGCACACCUGGCGCAGCAGGCCAUGCCAGAGGACCUGAGCAGCAGGUCAAAGCCAUUCUGAACGAGCUGCUGCAGAGGGAAAACCGGGUUCUGCACUUCUGGACGUUGAAGAAACGAAGGCUGGACCAGUGUCAGCAGUACCUGGUGUUUGAACGCAGCGCCAAACAGGCUCUGGACUGGAUCCAAGAGACAGGAGAUCUUUACCUCGCUACACACACAUCACCUGGGGACAGCAGUGAGGAAACCCAGCAGCUGCUCAACGACUACCAUCACUUCAGACUUUCUGCUAAGCAAACCAAGGAAAAGGUGAAGCUUCUGAUCCAGCUGGCGGACAACCUGGUGGAGAAAGGCCACGCCCACGUGUCGGAGCUGAAGCGCUGGGUCAGCACGGUGGACCGCAGGUACCGAGACUUCUCCCUCCGCAUGGCCAAAUACCAGGAGAGCCUGGAGAGGAGCCUGGGCAUCAGCUCCGAGGACAACAAGGACCUGGAGCUGGACAUCAUGCCUGCGAGUUUGACCGCUGACCCCGAGGUCAAACUCCGCGAUCCAAACCACGAGGUCGACGAGGAGAAGAGAAAGUCGGCCAGGAAGAAAGAGUUCAUCAUGGCGGAGCUGCUGCAGACGGAGAAGGCCUACGUCAGGGAUCUCCAGGAGUGUCUAGAAACCUAUCUGAGGGAGAUGACCAGCGGUGAAGAGGAGAUUCCUCCAGGCAUCGUCAACAAGGAGCAGAUUAUUUUUGGCAACAUGCAGGAGAUCUACGACUUCCACAACAAGUAAGGCCUGGGCAGCAUCUGUGCAGAGCUGCUACACAUGGGACUUCAGAAUCAACGUUUUCUCUCUGAUAGCACAUAACUCACCAAGAGCUUCAGGCUUU